AUGUGCCAGGACAAUAGCGGAGCCUACAAGAUGAAAAUCAUGGGAGUGGUGGGCAAAGGAAGCAAGCCACACGUCCGAGCAGUGGAGCCGGGAGACGUGGUCGUUGUGGUUGGCCGCACUGGUGGUCCCAAAAACAAAGUGCUUCGUGCCAUCGUCACGCGCAUGCGCAGGAACACGCCGGAGCCCCUGGGCAACGGCUUCCGCCACGCCUUCGACACGAACUGCGGCGUGCUAGUGGAUCAGGAGGGCAAUCCUGUGGGCAGCAAAAUCUUUGGAAAAAUCGACCCCAGGUGCGCGUUGCGGUGGCCCAAGCUCGCACAGCUUUCGGCACGAUGA